UCUCUUGUUGAACGAAGUAUGGGAAACUUCCACACCACGGUUGCUGGUGGUGCGACUGCGAGGGAGUAGCAACAGAGCGGAUGAAAGAACGACAAUCAUUCUUGGAUGGACGGUGGUAUCGUUGUAAAGUGCGGAGACAGUUUAGAACGGGUAAGCUGGAAGCGACGAGGAACGGUGAACGGGAGAGAGGUGCGGCGAGAGAGAGCGGGCGCGUGUGGCAAGGUCGGUGCGUGCGGUGAAAUUGCGAGCUUUAUUAAAGUGCAGUCGGCCGGGUUGAAAAACAAUCGACGGACAUAAUACGGCGCUCCGUGAAGUCCGAUGUCUAGUGCUGAGGUGGUGGAGAGCUCCGUUGACCCCCCAGCCAAGAAGCGACGCGUUGCUGCCACCACGGGAGGAGCCGACGACUCGACGACGAUCGCAGACAUGGCGAAAAAUGGUUCGACGUCCCGGGCUUCUGCCGAAAUCGACGAGGGUCUCUACUCAAGGCAGCUCUAUGUUCUCGGCCAUGACGCCAUGCGUCGCAUGGCAUCCUCCGAUGUCCUGAUAUCCGGUCUUGGCGGUCUUGGUGUUGAAAUUGCAAAGAACGUCAUACUCGGUGGCGUCAAAUCCGUUACAUUGCACGAUGACGCGUUGUGCCAGAUCUCAGACCUCGGCUCGCAGUUCUAUCUUACCGAGGCGGACAUAGGUAAAAAUCGAGCUGUUGCCUGUUGCCAACGUUUAUCAGAACUGAACAAUUAUGUUCCCACCCGUCACCACUCUGGACCCCUAACUGAAUCUUAUAUCAAGAAGUUCAAAGUUGUGGUACUGACUGAAACUCCAUUAAAUGAACAAUUACGUAUUUCUGAAAUUACUCAUGCAAAUGAUAUAGCACUUAUUAUAGCUGAUACCAGAGGUCUAUUUUCCCAAGUUUUUUGUGACUUUGGAAAAGCAUUCACUGUAGUUGAUACUAAUGGUGAACCACCUGUCAGUGCAAUGGUUGCUAGCGUCUCACAAGAUGUCGAAGGUGUUGUCACAUGUUUAGACGAUACACGUCAUGGUAUGGAAGAUGGUGACUAUGUCACAUUCUCUGAAGUGCAAGGCAUGACAGAAUUAAAUGGUUGUGAACCAAUAAAAAUAAAAGUUCUUGGUCCGUAUACUUUCAGCAUUGGAGACACAUCAAAAUAUUCUGAAUACAUAAGAGGUGGUAUAGUAACACAAGUGAAAAUGCCAAAGAUUUUACGCUUUAAUCCUCUGAAGGAAGCUCUGAAGAAACCAGAAUUUCAGAUUACUGAUUUUGGUAAAUUUGAUUAUCCAGAACAAUUGCACUUGGCUUUUAUGGUAUUGCAUCGUUACAUAGAAUCUAAAGAAAGAUUGCCUAGACCCUGGAAUCAUGAAGAUGCAGAUGAAUUUUUAGCUCUAGCUAAAACAGUGAAAGAAGAAAUGGGCAGCGAAAUUGAAAUCAAUGAAACUUUGUUUGAAAUAUUUGCAAAAGUAUCAUCAGGAAGUUUGAAUCCAAUGAAUGCUACCAUUGGAGGAAUUGUAGCACAAGAAGUGAUGAAAGCUUGUUCUGGAAAGUUCCAUCCUAUAUAUCAAUGGUUGUACUUUGACGCUAUCGAAUGUUUACCGGCAGAUCGUUCCGAACUUACAGAGGAAGAUUGCUGUCCUAUUGGAUCACGUUACGAUUCUCAAAUAGCUGUUUUUGGUCGUAAAUUCCAGUCAAAGAUUGGGAGCCUGAAAUAUUUCGUAGUUGGAGCAGGAGCUAUUGGUUGUGAAUUGCUUAAAAACUUUGCAAUGUUAGGAGUUGGUGCUGAGAGUGGUAGCGUGACAAUCACUGACAUGGAUUUGAUAGAGAAAUCCAACUUAAACAGACAAUUCCUAUUUAGGCCAUCCGAUGUUCAGCAAUCCAAAUCAUCAACAGCGGCUAGAGUCAUAAAGAGUAUGAAUCCAGACAUGAAAGUAAUCGCUCAUGAAAACAGAGUUUGUCCAGAAACAGAGAAAAUAUAUAAUGAUGACUUCUUCGAGGUCCUAGAUGGAGUAGCAAAUGCAUUAGAUAACGUAAAUGCUCGUAUUUAUAUGGAUCGUCGUUGUGUAUAUUACAGGAAACCUCUUCUAGAAUCCGGUACUCUAGGUACAAAGGGUAACACCCAAGUUGUUGUUCCAUUUUUAACUGAAUCAUACAGCUCGUCUCAGGAUCCUCCAGAGAAGAGUAUACCUAUCUGCACGUUAAAGAAUUUCCCCAACGCUAUAGAACAUACUUUACAAUGGGCUAGAGAUAAUUUCGAAGGUUUAUUCCGCCAGGCUGCGGAGAACGCUGCUCAAUAUAUAUCCGAUCCACAGUUCGUGGAGAGAACGUUAAAACUGCCCGGAGUUCAGCCAUUAGAAGUAUUAGAAUCAGUCAAAACUGCUUUGGUCGAUGAACGACCAAAAACAUUUGCAGACUGCGUCGCGUGGGCUCGUUGCCACUGGCAAGAGCAGUAUAGCAACCAGAUUAGACAACUCUUGUUCAACUUUCCUCCCGAUCAAGUAACAUCCAGUGGUCAACCAUUCUGGUCUGGACCAAAGAGGUGCCCUGAACCGCUCAAGUUCAACGUAAACGAUCCUCUGCAUUUGGAUUACAUUGUAGCUGCUGCAAACUUAAAAGCAAAAGUUUAUGGAAUUCCCAUCAACAGAAACAGGGAAGAAAUUGCCAGGAUUGUCAGUACCGUGAAAGUACCAGACUUCACGCCAAAGUCUGGAGUAAAAAUUGCUGAGACGGAUUCACAAGUGCAAGUAUCCAAUGGUAGCGGAAAUAUUGAUCACGAAAGACUUAGUCAAUUACAAGAAGAAUUACCCAAGGUAGAUGAGCUUAACGGUCUAGUAAUUCAUCCUCAAGAAUUUGAGAAAGACGAUGACUCCAAUUUCCAUAUAGACUUCAUCGUAGCAGCUUCAAAUCUUCGCGCUGUUAACUACAAAAUCCUUCCCGCCGAUAGACACAAGAGUAAACUAAUUGCUGGCAAAAUAAUACCAGCUAUCGCCACUACCACUUCAGUCGUGGCUGGCCUUGUUUGUCUCGAAUUGAUCAAGUUAACUCGUGGCGUAAAAGAUUUGUCCAUUUUUAAGAAUGGUUUCGUCAACCUGGCUCUGCCAUUCUUUGGCUUCUCAGAGCCCAUUGCUGCACCAAAAUUGAAGUACUACGACACCGAGUGGACACUGUGGGACCGGUUCGAAGUCAAGGGAGAACUAACGCUCAAAGAAUUCUUAGAUUACUUCAAGGAGCAUCAUAAUCUUGAAGUUACCAUGUUAUCUCAGGGUGUCUGCAUGUUGUACUCAUUCUUCAUGGCAAAGCCUAAAUGCCAAGAACGUAUGGGCCUGCUAAUGUCGGAAGUAGUGAAGAAAGUAUCGAAGAAGAAGCUCGAGAGCCAUGUCCGUGCACUGGUGUUCGAACUUUGCUGUAACGACACCGAUGGCAACGACGUAGAAGUACCGUAUGUUCGCUACACCUUGCCAUGAAACGUCGCUCGAAUCACCGAUUAACAAGAGAUGAUGUCUACUUAACUGACUUAGCCGUAGUAAUUUCUACAAAUUUCUAUUUUACAAUACGAUACAGGAAAUCUAUUAAUCUUUGUCUACGUAAGCCUUUUGAAGUAAACUUUAAUUUUUUUUAUUGCCAAUGCUUCGUAGCAUUUAUAAUAGCAAGCAAGCAAGUGCGGGAUCCACUGAGUUUAAUCUUACUAUGAUCUCCCUUUUCGCUGAAAAUCGAUUCCAGGAUUCGCAACCAUUUUUAUUUGUUUUAUUCCUUCAUAUCGCCUCCUGCCGCUGUUAAUCGAGUCUGUUUCUUUUGCUUUUCAAACAGAACUAUUUUCUAGCAAAAACUAGCAUUAAAAUCAUUUAAACUGUCGAUAAAGAGAUAUGUAAGUGAUCGAAAAUUUGUACAAGAGAAUUUGCAUUAUGAUGUUUAUAAAAUGAUGAGGAAGAAGAAAAGGAAAAGUAUGAAAAAAAUGUUGCAGAAGAAUUUUGUCCAUAUUGGAUCAUAAAGGGAAUUGUCAUGGUAAGAAUUGUCUUAGGACUCACUCGUCACGACUUUAUGUAUAGAAUCGAAUGUAAAAAAAUUAUUAAAUGGUAACUCAAUGAUCCUUAGAUAAAUAACGCUAGCACAUUUAAUAUAGGCCAUAGAUAAACGUGAAAAUAAAAAAGCGAACACAAUUGUAUCUUGCCUUCACUGAAUUACCUUUUUCUUUUUUUCUUCUUUUUCUGUUUAAGAUUAUUUUUAUGGUCAAGGGCACGCAUACGAAAACAAAAUAAACCUGCAAACUCUUUUUUUCUCUAUUUCUAUCUAAGUACGCUCUUGCUAUUGAACUCGAUAUAUUAAGACUUUAUGUAAUCAAUAUGUUAUCGACAAUUUUGAUUUGUCCGUUUUAUUUUUGAGUAACGAAUAUACUAUUGGCUAAGGCUGUUUGUUGUUAUAAUAAGGGAUACUGCAUUUAAAUUUGUAAGAACACGUUUUGGAAAAAAGCUUCGAAAAGAAUUUCACACUUUAGACCAAGGAAUACAAGAAAGAAAAAAAUAAGGAAGAUAUUUUGUUAAUUUUAGGAUAAUACGGAUAUUUAUUGUAUUAUUUUAUCAAUAGAUAAUAAAUAGAUGUGUUUGGAUUUUAAGAGACAUGAAAAAUAUAGUAAUGAAAA